AUGACCAAAAUUUCAUGGGUUGUGGAGUUGGAAGGGGCAGAGGACGUUCAAGAGGUGGACAAACUGGAGGCAGAAACACAAAAUUCUCUGAACAACCUACUGAAGAAAAUGGUAGCGAACAAAGAAAGGCAUGAUGAAGAUGAAUUAUGCUGGAAGUUGACGCUGGACAGGUGUGAACAAGAAUUAGGUUAUGCGCUGGUCAGGUUCAACCAAGAGACAGACCACGUGUUUCUAUCAAAUGCAACAAGCCAUGUAGAGGAUGAAUCAUGUUGGUACUUGGACACAUGGUGUUCCAACCAUAUGAAAGGUAAGAGAGAAUGGCUGAUAAACCUGGACACAAGCAUAAAAAGCAAUGUGAGAUUUGCAGAUAAUAGUGUGAUCAUGGCUGAAGGAGCGGGCAAGGUCUUGAUCACUCGCAAGGACGGCAGAUCCGCCUACAUGAUCAAUGUGUUGUAUGUUCCAACGAUGAAGAGUAAUUUGUUGAGUUUGGGACAACUUCUAGAAAAAGGUUACACCAUGUCAAAGUAG